CAGCAUCACUGAGCAGCGAACAACAUCCAGGGAAAACCCAGGAGAUAAACUCAAGACAACCCACGUCCGUCUGCCUCCGCUCCAGCCGCUGAACUCCUGAAGUGUCUUCAGACUGCAAACAAGACACCAAACUGUGACACAAUGAAGGUGGCUAUUGUUUUCGUUCUGCUCUUCGCCACGGUUCUCUGCCGGCCGGCAAGAAAGGUUUCUGACAGUUCGGAGAGCUCUGAGGAAGUGGUGAGAAAACCAGCACCUCCAGCCCUCAAGAAACAGGCAGCAGUGGCUCCUCAGGCCCCUGCAGCACCUGUUCAGGACAUUGUAGCGGCAGCUGCUGCCGGCUCAGACGAGAGCUCAGAGAGUUCGGAUGAAGACGAGCAGGCAGCACCUGAAGCUCCAGUGGAAGUCAAGUCGUCUGACAGCGCAGACACAGCUUCCACCUCAGACACAGCCUCUGUCAACAGCAAGGACAGUGAAGACAGUGACGACAGUGAUGAUGAUGAUGAAACAGAGGAGAGUGAAACCGAGGAGGAGGAGGAUAGCGAAAGCUCCGAAUCAGGCGAGUCCUCCACCGCUGCUCCCACCACCCUCAUCCCUGUGAUCGUCACAGACGCACCCGUGGCUGAAACCACUCCCGAGUCCAUCGAGCCUACCAUCGUCACGGACACAGACACGGGCCGCGGCGACAGCUACGGAGGCUACCCCAGUGACUACAAGUCCAUUGACUACGUGGAGGAAAAAACCUACUACAAGGUCCCUGUUCCCUACAAGUCCUACGAGUUGGUCGGCACAGGAAAGAAGACGGCCUACGACAUGACAGACGGCAAUGAGGUGGAGAAGUCACUGCAGGUGUACAAGGCUCUUCAGGUCCACUCUGAUAUCCUGGAGGAGGACACCAGCACUCCUGAGGUGGAGAGCCAGGGCCUGGACACCUCCUCAGGCACCUCUCAGGACCAGGACCUCCGCCAGGCCUCCCUCCCAGAAGAAGAGAGCACUAGCACCAGCGAUGCCACCACCAGCGAAAGCGAGAGCUCCAGCACCCCAGAGGAAGAGGAGGAGGAGGAGAGCGCCAGCACCGCCAGCGAAGGCGACAGCACCAGCGCCAGCCAGGAGUCAGAGGACGAGGAGAGCCAGAGCAGCGAGGAGGCCACAGCCACGCCCGGGGCCGCUGACAGCGAUUCAGAUGAGAGUGACAGUGCUGAGAGUGACUCAGAUGAGCAGGGGGCGGGACCUGACACCACCACUGACAUGCCAGUGGUCAUCACGGCCAAAUAAGCCCUGACCAUCUAGGAAAAAGAAUGGACGGUGCUGUCUGUUAGAUUCACAAAAAGAGCGCACACUGCAUCGAGGUGUAAAAAGCCCCUUCCAGUGCCACAUUCCACUGCAGGGCCAAACAGGGAAAUCCAGGGCUCAAUUAUUUUUAUUCUCAAUGUGAUCGACCAAACUCUGUGAUACUAUGUGCAUCUUUUGGGAGAAAGCAAUGCUUUGUUUUCGGGGUUAUAUUUAAAUAAACCAUUAACUCCAGCAAACUGUGGUCUCGUUGCCCUGGCCAAUCCCAUGUUUGACCCUGCAGGGGAAAAAGUGGUCGAUGUAACUAUAUAGGAUGUUGAAACUGACGACUGCUACCUGCAACAGGAGGUUGACUCACCUCAUGACCUUUCUCCCCUUCCACUCUCCCCUCCGUGGGGUAAAAGGUCAACACCAGGAAAGAACAAAGACACACAGCCGAGUCCUGAUAUCUACACUAGCACAACACUGCAUUUAAUCAUUGAUUAAUAACUGCAAUAUGCAAACCUACAUUGUCUUUUUGCUUACAAACGAAGAGAAAAGCACCGUUUAUUUAAAUACUUGUAAUCAUUUCAAGCAUUAUAGAGAUACUUGACAUUAAGCCAUACAUUUGCUGCCUGUGUGGCUUAGCUUCGUUGCUCGCUAAUAUCAAACCUGCUGGUGUAGAAAGAGGGAUGGAAACAAGAGGUACAGGGUUCAAUCAUGUACAGAUGCAGUACACACAUACAUACACAGUCCUAUUCAUUUGCACAGUUCCUACCUACACUACAUGUUGUUUGUCCCAUGUUGUUUACUGUAAUGUAACAUAUUGUACCAUUUCUAAAAAAUUAAUAAAGAUCUUUUUCAUAAAAAGAGAUGCUGGUUGUUGACAUUUGUUUUAGAUAGAAAGACAGAGAGGGUGCUGAGAUAGCUCAGAAGGUGGAUAUAAGGAGCUAAAAACA